AUGGGAUUGCCAAGAGCUCUGAUGAAAAUGGCUUGGCCCCUAGAUUUCCUGCCAUUCCACCUCCUUAUCUGCCUCAUCUCUGACCAGCUGCUCACUCCUUGCUCAGCUCAGUUUGCUGUGAUUGGACCCCCUGGGCCCAUCCUGGUCAUGGUGGGUGAAGACGCCGAGCUGCCCUGUCACCUGUCCCCGAAGAUGAGCGCGGAGACCAUGGAACUGAAGUGGGUGCGGUCCAGCCUCAGGCAAGUGGUUUUAAUGUAUGCCCAUGGCAAGGAAGUGGAAGACAGACAGACGGCAGAGUACCAAGGGAGAACUGAGAUUUUAAGAGAUGGCAUCACUGCAGGGAAAGCUGUUCUCCGCAUACGCAACGUUAGAGCCUCUGACAGUGGAAACUACCUGUGCUAUUUCCAAGAUGGCAACUUCUAUGAGAAAGCCUUAUUGGAGCUGAAGGUUGCAGCACUGGGCUCUGAUCUUCACAUUCAAGUGAAGGGCCAUGAGGAUGGAGGGAUCCACCUGGGGUGUGAGUCCGCCAGCUGGUAUCCCCAGCCCCAGAUUCGGUGGAGAGAUGCCAAGGGCCAGAAUAUGCCAGCUAUGACAGCACCUCCGGCUGCAGAUGGAGCAGGCCUGUAUGCAGUCACAUCAUCUCUAAUCGUGAAAGGCGGCUCUGGGGAAGGGGUGUCCUGUAUCAUCAGAAAUCCCCUCCUCAAUCAGGAAAAGACAGCCCAGAUUUCCAUCGCAGACCCGUUCUUCAGGAGGGCCCAGAGCUGGAUCACUGCCUUUGCAGGGACCCUGACAGUCUGUCUGCUGCUUCUCGCUGGAGCUGGUUACUUCCUGUGGCUACAGAGGAAGGAAAAAGAGGCUCUAUUCAUGGAGAAAGACAAAGCAAUAAAGGAAAAAGAAAGAGCUUGGGCAGAAAAGGAGCAAGAACGAAGAACAAAAGAGAUGCUCCAGUAUGAGCUCAAGUGGAGAAAGGUCCAGUUCAUGGCUCGUGGGGAGAAGUCUCAAACCUAUCCAGAGUGGAAGAAGGCCCUCUUCCAAGCUGAGGAUGUGAUUUUGGAUCCCAACACAGCAAACCCCAUCCUGCUCGUGUCUGACGACCAGAGGAGCUUGCAGCGGGCAGAGGAACGCCGAAAUCUGCCAGACAACCCCGAGCGAUUUAAUUGGCACUACUGUGUGCUUGGCUGCAAGAGCUUCACGUCAGGGAGACAUUACUGGGAGGUGGAGGUUGGGGACAGAAAAGAGUGGCAUGUGGGGGUAUGCAGGGAGGACGUGGAGAGAAAAUCCUGGAUUAAAAUGACCCCGGAGAAUGGCUUCUGGACUAUGGGGCUGUCUGGUGGGAAUGACUACCGGGCUCUCACUGAGCCCCGGACCAAACUGACAGUUGCCAGCCCUCCUGAAAAAGUGGGGAUUUUCCUGGACUAUGAGACUGGUGAGGUCUCCUUCUAUAACGCCGUGGAUGGAUCUCAUAUCUACACCUUCCCGCACACCUCCUUUUCUGGGCCUCUGUGGCCUGUUUUCAGGAUUUUGACCUUGGAACCCACUGCCUUGACCAUUUGCCCAGUGUCAACAGGAGCAGGGAGUCCUGGGGUUCCUGACCUAGUGCCUGAUCUUUCCUUGGAAACCCCAGUGGUCCUGGGCUCAGCCGACGAGAACGGAGAGCCUCAGGCUGAAGUCACAUCCUUGCUUCUCCCUGCCCAGCCUGCAGCUGAGGGUCUCUUCCCUGACAGCAGUGACAAAUCGCAACCAUAA